UGUCAGUUGAAAAGGUUAGGUUAGAGACAACAGCUGUUGUGUUUAGAAAGUUGUCAUGCUAUGUUAUCUGUGAAAGUUGUCCUGAACUGAGUAUUCUUGAAAUCGAUUUCGAACACAUUUAAAUAAGUUACAGUUUGUGCAUAUAUAUUUUUCCUGAUGUCUUCUCAAGCACAACCAAGUGUAAGGGAGUACUCUAUCAGAGUUCCCAAGAAUUCAAAGAAACGUUAUCACGUAAUGAGAUUCAAUGGAAAUCUGGAUGUCGACAUAGGAAAAUGGACACAAGUGAAAAUGGAGAGAGAAAAUAACAUGAGAGAAUAUAAAGGAAUCGAGGAAGAACAGCCUAAAUUUGGUGCUGGUUCUGAGUUCGGAAGGGAGGCUAAAGAGGAAGCAAGGAGAAAAAAAUUAGGAAUUAUUGCUAAAAAGUAUAAAGUAGACGAUCAACCCUGGAUUCUUAAAACUUAUGGUAGUACAGUCAAAAAAUUCAAGGGUAUCAGAGAAGGCGGUGUAUCUGAGAACACAGCCUACUACGUCUUCACACAUGCUGAAGAUGGUGCCAUUGAAGCAUUUCCAUUACAAGAAUGGUACAAAUUUCAGCCUAUCCAAAGGUAUAAAUCGCUGACUGCUGAAGAAGCCGAACAAGAAUACAGCAAGAGGAAUAAGCAUAUGAACUUUUUCUCUUUGAUGUUGAGAAAGAGGCUGAAGGGUGAUGAAGAAACUGAAAUGGAUGAGGAAGAGAAGGGUAAGAAGCCAAGUAAGUCCAAAGAACUGAAAAUAUCUGAAAUGGAUGAAUGGAUGAACAGUUCAGAUGAUGAUUCUUCUGAUAAUGAUGAAGUGAAAGAAGAAGAAGGUGAAGAUAAAAAGGAUAAUAAGAAAAAAGUAAAAGGAAAAAAAAAUGCCCCGAAAAAAAAGAAAAGAGACACUGACAAAGAAGCUUUCGAGGAUUCUGAUGAUGGAGAUGGAGAAGGCAGAGAACUAGACUAUAUAAGCGACAGCACUGAUAGUGAACCAGAAAACACGAAUCUAGAUAGCGUUGCUGAGGAAAAAGGUCUCAAGAAGCUAUUGAAUUCCGAUGAGGAAGAUGAAGAUUCCGAUAAAUCAGACAAAGAAAUGAGCAAUGAAGAAGAAGACAAGGAGAAAGAUGGUGACAAUCAAUCAGAAGAUAAGGGAGAUAAGGAUAAGAAGAAGAAAAAGAAAAAUUCUAAGAAGGAGGUCAAGAAGGAAGGCAAAAAAGAAGAGAGCCUGAGCGACUUCAGUUCAGACAGCAGUUCCGAGGACGAGUCAAAAAAAAAACCUGGAGAUAAGAAAGCCAAAAAAGAGGAUGUCAACAGUGAGAAUAGUUCAAGGUCGGCAACUCCAACAGAUAACAAGAGGAAGAUAAUAAAUGAUGCUCUAGCGGGUCCAGCAAAUAAGAAGAUGAAGCUUGAUCUCAAUUCAAUACCUGGCUCAAGCGAGUCCGGUAUAACAGAGGAGGCUGUGCGUAAAUAUCUGAUGAGGAAACCUAUGACAACCACCGAGUUACUGCAGAAAUUCAAAUCGAAGAAGACUGGAUUGUCUAGUGAACAGCUAGUAAACAUAAUGACGCAGAUAUUGAAGAGGAUAAAUCCAGUUAAGCAAAUGCUGAAAGGCAAGAUGUACCUCUCAAUCAAACCCAAUUGAUAAUUUAUUUUAUGAAUGUUAAUUUUUAUUGGUAUGAUAUUAGUUAUAUCUGAAUUUUUUAUCAGAGUGAUUUGCAAAUCUAGAAAAUUUCAUUGUAGUUAUUAAAUUAUGUUGAACAUAUAAA